ACAUGGAAUCGAUUAAGUGAAGCUGCUGGCCGCCAAAGGGAGAAAAACGCCCAAUCAUUCGGGAUGGAUGCACCGGAAGUGUUCGUUUACCGGGGUGAAUGGGGACUGCCCUCGAUUGACUACGAAUGCAGCCGGUUACUGGCGUACCUGAAAUUUACCAGCGCAAAAGUAACCGUCCACUACAACGGAAAUCCCUUCAGUUCUCCCAACGGGGUGCUGCCGUACCUCAUGGCCGAUGGGACGAAGAUCGCCGGCUACGGGCCCAUCGUGGAGUUCCUCACCAAGCGGGAAGUCACUUCGCGGGUCAAUGGGGAGCUAGGUAGUGAUCACAACUCUCAUUCCACUCUCAUCGCUGGCCACAUGCAGUAUGUGGUGGAGAAUUUGCACCCCUACUUCAUGUACAUGCUGUGGGGUGACCCCAAAAAUGUCGACAUCACGCGAACACUGUACGCGAAACGCAUUCCCAUUCCGUUCAAUUUCUACUGCCCCCGGAAGUACGUGUUGCGGACAAAUGAUCUGACGCAAUCGUUGGCCGGCUUUUCUCUCGAAGAUUCGAUCGAAUUUCACGAUGUCUCUGAGUUUGCGGACAAUGCCAAACGCUGCCUCAACUGGAUCUCGACGAAGCUGGAGGAUAAUCGUUGGUUUCUGGGUGGUUCACAUCCAUCGGAAGUCGAUGCCCUGCUGUACGGUUAUUUGUCCGUGUUGGCCAAGCUAACGCUUCCCAACAACGUGCUCCAGAGCCACAUUCGUCAGUGCCCGAAAUUGCUACAAUACGUUGAUCGUACGACAGCGACAUACUUUGCGAAGGAAGGCUUCAACAGCUACACCGCCACCACCGGCCAACAGCAGGGUCAACAGCACAAUAACAAUUCUGCGCCCAAAAGUCCUCCUAACGAUUCUUCGUCCUCGUCUUCCUCGUCGAAGGCCGGUGAAGAACGAUCGGAGAAGCGUAACGCUGGGGAAGAACAGAAGUUCCACACCGGCCAGCAGCAGGAUCCAGAUGAUGGGCCGAAGGAACGACGAAAGCGUUACAUUCUGUCCGGCUUGGUGGCAACCGUUGCGAUGAUUGGAUUCGCGUUGCUCAACGGUAUCGUAACGCUUCCCAAUGAAGGAAAUCACGGGAACUUUAUACGUUACGAUGACUCGGGAGACUACGAAGAGGACAAUUGAAACCGGGCUAUUCAUUGUGAUCCCUACUUCUCGGAAACAACGUGAAGACUAAUAGGAACAGGAACCCCUUCGAACUGAUCGUUUCAAUUAGUCUUUUGCUUCACGGUCGUUCAACAUAAAAACCAAAUCAUCGUUACGUUUGAGAAAGGACUGUUUUAUUGGGGAAUUAAUUAAAUAUUAAUAUU